AUGCGGGGCGGUAUCGAUCACGUCCGUCUACCACAGAUUAAGCUGCAGACUUUUAACGGCGAUAUAGACGAAUGGCUGAGUUUUCGGGAUCUGUUCACCUCGCUCAUCCACUGGAAACCGGAUCUUCCUGAAGUGGAGAAGUUCCACUACCUGAAGGGAUGCUUACAAGGAGAACCCAAGAGUCUGAUCGAUCCGCUUCAGAUUACUAAGGCCAACUAUCAGGUGGCAUGGGACUUGCUGUUGAAGCGGUACAACAACAGUAAGCAGCUGAAGAAACGGCAGGUGCAAGCACUCUUCAACCUUCCCACCCUUCCUAAGGAAUCCGUUGCCGAUCUGCACGUUCUCAUUGAAGGUUUUGAGAGAAUUGUGCAGACUCUUGACCAGAUCAUUCAGUCAGCCGACUACAAGGAUCUUUUGCUGGUCAACAUCCUCACUACACGAUUGGAUCCGGUCACUCGGAGGGGUUGGGAAGAGAUCUCACCUAUGAAGGAGACAGAUACACUUGCAGAUCUGUUUGACUUCUUGCGGCGUAGACUCCAGGUUUUGGAUUGCUUGCCAACCAAGUCUGCUGACACUAGGGGUGCUCAGCAGCAGCAGCAAAUUCAAUCGAAACAAAGGCUUCCACCAGUGAAGACAAGUUACAGUUCAACCCAUAUGUCUGGAGGACGCUGUGUAGCUUGCUCAUCAAAUCAUCCGCUUUACCAGUGCAGUGCAUUCCAGCGCAUGGAAGUUACGGAGAGGGACGGCCUUUUGAAAACUCAUUCCCUCUGCCGGAAUUGCUUCAGAACGGGACACCAAGCAAAAGAGUGCCAAUCCAAAUACUCUUGCCGGAGCUGCAAGGGUCGGCAUCAUACUCUUGUGUGCUUCAAGUCAGAAAGGGAUACGGAUAAGGACACGAAGGUUGCGGCAGUUGCUAGGGGCAACAAGCCUUCAGUUCCCACUGAAUCAUCAAAUACUUCAUCCCAAGUGGCUAACGUGGCAGCCACAGAAGUUUUGGUUGCUGGUGCGGCUCACCAGUAUUCAUCCCAGGUUCUUCUGGCUACAGCAAUCGUCGUGAUCGAGGACGACGAUGGCAAUCGGUUUCCGGCGCGUGCGCUGUUAGAUUCGGGAUCGGAAAGCAACUUCGUGACUGAGCGAUUAAGUCAGCGCAUGAAGGUAACGGUCAACCUUCCGACCACCACUAUUAACACCGAUAAGUGGGCAAUUCCGGACAAUAUCCAGUUGGCAGAUCCUGCAUUUUUCGAAUCUAAGGUGGUGGAUCUUGUACUCGGGAUCGAAGCGUUUUUCGAUUUCUUCGAAACCGGAAGGAGAAUUUCCCUGGGCGAACAAUUACCGACUCUUAAUGAUUCCGUAUUCGGCUGGGUCGUAUGCGGAGGAUUUUCGGUUUCUAGUCGAUCACUGCACAUCAACUGCAAUAUGUCGACAACGGAGGAUUUGGACGCGCUGAUGUCUCGAUUUUGGUCUUGUGAGGAAGUCGAGUCUGGCAACACAUUUUCGCUGGAAGAGAAACGCUGCGAAGAGUUGUUUCUGAACACGGUUAAAAGGGAUGAAACCGGUCGGUACACAGUCUCCCUACCUAAGGAUGAAGACGCUAUCUCAAGGUUGGGCGAGUCAAGGGACAUCGCACUCCGACGUCUUCAAGGAACCGAGCGUAGGUUGGCUAGGGACGAAAAUCUACGGAAGCAGUACACUGAUUUUAUGGAGGAGUACCUGCAUCUAGGUCAUAUGCGGAAGGUCGAAGAAGUUGCUACAGAUUCAGUUAAACGGUGCUAUUUGCCACACCAUCCAGUGGUAAAGGAUUCCAGUACCACUACCAAGGUACGGGUGGUAUUCGACGCUUCCUGCAAGACUUCUUCCGGACUAUCAUUGAACGACGUGUUACUGGUGGGGCCGGUGAUACAGGAGGACCUCCGUUCCAUUAUCCUACGCAGUCGGACAAAACAAAUCAUGCUCGUGUCCGACGUGGAAAAGAUGUUCCGACAAAUCAAUGUUUGCCCAGAAGAUCGACCGUUGCAGUGUAUUCUCUGGCGAAACUCGUCUGCCGAGGAGAUAUCCACCUACGAGCUCAACACGGUGACAUACGGUACUAAGCCAGCGCCAUUUUUGGCCACCAGAACGCUAAAACAAUUAGCACUGGAUGAGGAGCGGUAUCCACUAGCGGCCAAGGCAGCCAUCGAGGAUACCUAUAUGGAUGACGUCAUCACAGGAGCAGACGAGUGGGCGUCGAACUGUCCCGAUGUACUGAACGGGAUCGAGGAGGAAGAGCUUGCCAUCCGAUCACCUGAAGGCAUUGUUUUGGAUCCAGACCCUUCGAUAAAAACUUUGGGACUGACCUGGAUGCCAGUAACCGACACACUUAGGUUCCAGUUUACCAUCCCUAAUUUGAACACAGAAGUUCCUCUUACCAAACGGUGCGUGCUUUCGGUGAUUGCUACAUUGUUCGACCCAUUAGGCCUGUUGGGCGCUGCUAUCACUACAGCAAAGAUCUUCAUGCAGCUGCUGUGGACGUUGCGAGACGAAAAUGACCAACGACUAGAUUGGGACCAGCUGUUACCUCCAACGGUGGGUGAGGCCUGGAGAAAGUAUCACGAGCAACUUCCACUGUUCAAUGAAAUCCGUAUCGACCGCUGUGUUAUCAUCACAGACGCGGUAUCUGUGGAGAUCCAUUGUUUUUCGGAUGCCUCGGAGAAGGCAUACGGAGCAUGUCUGUAUCUCAGGAGUGAGAAUGCAGUCGGGGAGGUAAAGGUUAGGCUUUUGACCUCAAAAUCAAAGGUUGCCCCCUUAAAAUGUCAGACGAUUCCUCGGCUGGAGUUGUGUGGUGCACUUUUAGCAGCACAACUCUACGAAAAGGUGGACAAGUCAAUAAAAAUCACGGUAAAAUCAUAUUUCUGGACGGAUUCAACCUGCGUCCUGCGUUGGCUUGCGGCUAAUCCAACGACCUGGACCACCUUCGUCGCCAACCGAGUGGCAAAAAUACAGUCCAUUACACAAGGAUCAAGAUGGAGUCACGUACCUGGUAUCCAGAAUCCGGCAGAUCUUGUUUCGAGAGGGAUUUCGCCAAAUGACAUCGUUCUGAAUACGUUUUGGUGGCAAGGACCGAGCUGGUUAGAGAAGACGGAAGAGCAUAGGCCUCUCUUACCAGAUAAUCUACUGACAAAUGAGGGAGACGAGGAGAAACGACACACGGUGCUAGCUGGAACGGUUUCAACAAUCGCCGAAUUCAACCAAUUAUACCUUGGCAAAUUUUCGUCGUACAGUGACCUUCUUCGUCGAACUGCCUACUGGCUGCGUCUGAUUAAACUUCUACGAACCCCGCGGAAGGAUAGAAAAGCCCCUACGUUCCUGUCUACUGAAGAGCUAAAAGAGGCGGAAAACACUCUGGUUCGAUUGGUUCAGAGGGAGGUGUUCGUUGAGGAAUGGAAGGCGCUCUCCAAGGAAAAUGCGGUUUCCAAGAGCUCGCCGCUUCGAUGGUUUAAUCCGUUUGUCUCCCAAGACCAGUUGAUCAGACUUGGCGGUCGUUUAAAGCAUUCGAUGGAGUCUGAAAACACCAAACAUCCGGCCGUUUUACCCCCUCGGCACAUAUUUACACGCUUGCUGUUACGGUAUUACCAUGAACGACUUCUGCACGCUGGACCACAGUUGCUGUUGGGAGUUGUUAGGCUUCGAUUUUGGUCGCUGGGAGGCAGGAGUGUAGUUCGGCACAUUAUCCAUCAGUGUCAUAUAUGCUUCCGAUCGAAACCAUCGACCGUACAGCAGUUUAUGGGGGAUCUACCAGCUUCACGGGUCACCGUAUCCCGUCCAAUUUCUCGCACAGGUGUCGACUACUUUGGACCCCUCUAUGUGAGACCAGCUCCAAGGCGUACGGCAGUUAAGGCUUACGUUGCUAUAUUCGUGUGUCUGUGUACCAAGGCAGUGCAUCUCGAAUUGGUCACAGAUUUAUCCACAGAUCGAUUUCUACAGGCACUACGGUGUUUUGUUGCCAGAAGAGGACGAUGUACGGAUAUAUAUUCCGACAACGGCACUAAUUUUGUCGGCGCUCGCAAUAAACUGCAAGAAUUCCUGAGAUUGCUUAAAGAUAGCCAUCAUAACGACAUUGUGUCCAAGCAAUUAGCCAAGGAAGGGAUCCAAUGGCACUUUAGCCCGCCGAGUGCGCCACAUUUUGGCGGUAUUUGGGAGGCCGCAGUCCGAUCAGCAAAAAUUCAUCUGCUAAAGGUGGUAGGCGAAACUCCUGUGUCCCCAGAGGACAUGAACACGCUAUUAGUCCAAGUUGAAAGAUGCCUGAAUUCUCGCCCGCUCACACCCAUGUCUGAUGAUCCGAAUGAUCUGCAGCCACUAACCCCCGCACAUUUUCUGAUUGGAGAAUCUCUCCACGCUGUUCCCGAUCCAGAUUUAUCAAGCAUUCCAAUGAAUCGUCUCACCCAAUGGCAGUUAACCCAACAAAGACUGCAGAACUUCUGGAAAAGGUGGCGCAGAGAAUAUCUGUGUCAACUUCAAGGCAGAACCAAACGAUGGAAACCGGCUGUUCGUAUCGACAUUGGAAAACUAGUCGUUAUUAAAGAUGAUAAUCAACCUCCAAUGCGAUGGAAAAUGGGUAGAAUCGUGCAAACUCACCCUGGCGACGAUGGAACCGUGCGAGUAGUUACACUGAAAACCGCUACUGGAAUGCUAACUCGUCCGGUCGAAAAGCUUUGUCUGCUACCUAUUUCGGAUGACAACGACGACAUACAGCCAACAGAAGUCCACCAUCAGCAAUCCUAG